CUUCCUGCACCUGUCCGGCCCGGGAAGUGCCAUGGGACAGCUGAUCGCCAAGUUAAUGAGCAUCUUCGGGAACCAGGAGCACAAGGUUAUCAUCGUGGGACUGGACAAUGCAGGAAAGACCACCAUUCUCUACCGAUUCUUGACCAAUGAGGUGGUCCAUACGUGUCCCACCAUUGGCAGCAACAUGGAGGAGAUCAUUCUGCCGAAGACCCACUUCCUCAUGUGGGACAUAGUGAGACAGGAGGCUCUGAGCUUUAUCUGGAACACAUAUUACUCCAACACUGAGUUCAUCAUCCUUGUGAAUGACAGCACGGACCAGGAUCGGCUGCUGACCGCUCGGGAGGAGCUAUAUAAAAUGCUGGCCCGUGAGGCUCUCCUGAUAUUUGCCAAUAAGCAGGACGUGAAGGACUCCGUGAGGAUGGUGGAGAUCUCCCAUUUCCUUAUUCUCAGCACCAUCAAAGACCACUCGUGGCAUAUACAAGGCUGCUGUGCCCUCACCCGGGAAGGACUGCCUGCCGGGCUGCAGGGGAUGGAAUCUCAGGCCGCUGCUAACUGA